GGAAAAACCAGAAAAGCACAACAGCAAACGAAGCUGCAGGUGAAACUCGCCGUUUCUGAAGAAGAGCCGUGAUCCAGAUUUGAACUGAACAUCCUGACCGUCAGAGAAUCAGAACCAACAUUUACUGCUGAAGUUCAGAUGAAUCCUGACAUCCUGUUGUGGAUUCAGCAGCAUGGAUCAGGAUCAGGAUCAGGAUCAGGAUGAGACCGUUCCUUUGCUCAGAGAGCAGAAGAAACGGAGCAGAGGUCAAAGAGCAGAAGAUCAACAUCCCAUCCCAACAUGUCUGACUUGGUGUUGCUCACUCUGCUGCACACAGAGACCGGACUCACCUGAGGCCCGACCUGUAACCCGACCAGAACCGGUGCCAGAACAUCAGCCUAAAUCUGCACUGGUACCAGAACCCGAGAAUCUAUCAGGAUAUGGACCCAACUCCGAACCAGAACCUCCAUCUGAGACCUUCUCAGGAUGUGGAUCAGAACCGGUACCAGAACCUGACACCAUGUUAGGGUUUGAACCAAAACCUGAACUUGUGUCUGGUGAAUUAAUGUCGGUACCAGAACCUGAGAAGUUAUUGAGAUAUGAAUCCAACAAUCAGACGACCUCUGACCCUGGAAUCAGUCUCUCGACCAAUCAAAGCCACAGUCAGAGACCGGACUCUCCAGAACCUCAACCUGGACCUCAGAUUCUGUCCGGAUACAAACCCAACACUGACCUGGUACCAGAAACCAAAUCGGUUCAUGAACCUGAACCAGGACCAGAUGCUGAGGGUUCAGGGUUUGGACCCAACUCUGAACCUGAACCUCCAUCUGAGACCUUAUCAGGAUGUGAACCUGGAUCAGAACCGGUACCAGAACCGGACACCCGCUCAGAAACCCAAUGGGUUUCUGAACCUGACUCAGUACCAGUACCUGGAUCUGAGACUCUGUUGGGAUUUGAACCUUUACCUCCAACCAUCCCUGAACCUCCAGAGUUUCCCAACCCUGGAGAUGAUGAUGAUGAUGAUUAUAAUAAUGAUGAUGAUGAUGAUGAUGAUGAGGAUGAUGAUGAUCGCUCUGCCAGUCAAAGAACCAUUCCAGACUCUCCAGAACCACAACCUGGACCUCAGAUUCUGUCCGGAUACAAACCCAACACUGACCUGGUACCAGAAACCAAAUCGGUUCAUGAACCCGAACCAGGACCAGAUGCUGAGGUAUCGCCAGGGUUUCAACCCAAACCUGAAAAUGAACCUCCAUCUGAGACCUUAUCAGGAUCUGGACCAGAACUGGUACCAGAACCUGACAGCAAGUUGGGAUCUGAACCUUUCCCUCAUCCUCAGAGCAUCUCUGAGCCUCCAGAGGGUUCUGGACCCGAAGCGGAUCGCUCUACUGAUGGAUCCAAAGCGGAUCCCUCUACCUAUGGACCCGAAGCGGAUCCCUCUACCUAUGGACCCGAAGCGGAUCGCUCUACCUAUGGACCCGAAGCGGAUCCCUCUACCGAUGGACCCGAAGCGGAUCCCUCUACCGAUGGACCCGAAGCGGAUCCCUCUACCGAUGGACCCGAAGCGGAUCCCUCUACCGAUGGACCCGAAGCGGAUCACUCUACCGAUGGACCCGAAGCGGAUCGCUCUACCGAUGGACCCGAAGCGGAUCCCUCUACCGAUGGACCCGAAGCGGAUCACUCUACCGAUGGACCCGAAGCGGAUCCCUCUACCGAUGGACCCGAAGCGGAUCCCUCUACCGAUGGACCCGAAGCGGAUCGCUCUACCUAUGGACCCGAAGCGGAUCCCUCUACCGAUGGACCCGAAGCGGAUCCCUCUACCGAUGGACCGAGGCGGAUCGCUCUACCGAUGGACCCGAGGCGGAUCCCUCUACCGAUGGACCCGAAGCGGAUCCCUCUGCCGAUGGACCCGAAGCGGAUCGCUCUACCGAUGGACCCGAAGCGGAUCCCUCUACCGAUGGACCCGAAGCGGAUCACUCUACCGAUGGACCCGAAGCGGAUCCCUCUGCCGAUGGACCCGAAGCGGAUCGCUCUACCUAUGGACCCGAAGCGGAUCCCUCUACCGAUGGACCCGAAGCGGAUCCCUCUACCGAUGGACCCGAAGCGGAUCGCUCUACCUAUGGACCCGAAGCGGAUCGCUCUACUAUGGACCCGAAGCGGAUCCUCUACCGAUGGACCCGAAGCGGAUCACUCUACCGAUGGACCCGAAGCGGAUCCCUCUACCUAUGGACCAAGUCGGUGA